UCGACGUUUAGUCAGUGACCAAGUGUGUGGUGAACCAAAUCCGUUUCUUCAUCCAUCGAAGGAUUUCCAUAAUUUCAAAACUGCGCUAACAAAGUCCAAGAAAACUUGCAAUAGAACCCUGGAGUAUUCCCUAUCUGUAUCUUCCCAACUGGCAACAACUGCAAUAAAGAUCAAGCGCAUUUUUUCGGCUGGGUUUUUGCACUCUAGAUGAACUUUGCCAAGCGACGAGUAUAAAAAACUCAUAAAAGACAGCGGAAUUGCAAAAAGAAAAUAAAUAAUUGAGCAGAGCAGACGGAUCGGCCGAUCAUCCAUAUAAUAUAGGCUUUCAAUCACUGUGGAAUCGGACACAUUCCGCACUGCCUCUUAUAUAUGGCGAGCUGCUGCGCAUUUGUGUUUGUCCUGAACCAGACUGACAUCAUCGGGGCCAAGGAGCAAAGCCGAGCUGCAAUACAGAGUUGACCAACCUGAGCCACAGGACUCCAUUCCGAGGAACUACCAACCAGAGCACUUUCAAAAGUUUGGUCACAAUGGCCAACCACAGUCAGCUGAGGAUCACCAUUGCAGUUUGUGUGAUUUUGGCCAUUAUCCUGGACCAACAAUUCACUGCAGAGGCUUUCGUUCGAGAUUCGUGCCAGAUGGAGCCGAGUACGAAUGGAGUGUGUGGUCCUACCACCGUGGGAAUAUUUUACGAUCCGGAGACACAACGUUGUCAGUAUAGGGGAUGCGGCAAUCGAAAGCUCUUCCGAACCCUUGAAGACUGUGAAAAGAUUUGCAACAAUCCGCGGCACGUGAAGCGGCGCAACAAUGCAAAGGCCAAUGAAACCUCACAUUGAAUGCAUUGUUAAUUUAAACGUGGCUCGUUUAGUGGAAUGUAAUUAUAUUACUUUUAUAUUCGAUGUUUAAAUUGGUUUAAACUGAGAAUAGUAAGCUUAUUGUGAUCCAUUUUGUAUAUGAUCUUUAAAGUGGAUUUUAUACUCGAAUAAAAGUGUAGUUUGUAAUAUA